ACCAGCAGCCUGAGCAGGAGCUGGGAGAAGGGAAGUUUCAUGCUCUUCACACUGCAGGGAAAACCUCUUUGCAUAAACUCUGCUCAUAGGUUAUUAACAUCCUGCAGCAAGACAUCACUUCAGCCUAAAGGUUUGUGGAAGAAAUAAGCAAUACAUGAAACUGAAUGAAAUUAAAUUUUACAUCUAUUCAUUUGAGACCCUGAUGAGUGAUACACGGGGAGAGCUAGAAGAUGGUGAAUUUCACAGAGAAUGCAACUGAGAAUUGCACUAUUAAUCAUGAUAUCCACCAAACAUUAUCCCCUGUGGUAUACAUAUUUGUAUUUAUAUUAGGCUUGCCAGCUAACGGCCUGUCACUGUACUAUGGGUAUUUACAGAUCAAGGCUAAAAAUGAAUUGGGUAUCUACCUUUGCAAUUUGACUGUAGCAGACCUGCUCUACAUAUUUUCUUUGCCUUUUUGGCUUCAGUAUGUUUUACAGCAUGACAAUUGGACCUACAAUGAGCUCCUGUGCAAAAUUUGUGGCAUCCUUUUGUAUGAGAAUAUCUAUAUCAGUGUGGGCUUCCUCUGCUGCAUCUCCAUCGACCGCUAUCUCGCAGUAGUGCACCCUUUUCGUUUUCAACAGUUUCGGACAAUGAAGGCUGCUGUGAUUGUGAGCAUCAUUAUCUGGACUAAAGAAAUAAUGACAUGCUGCUUUGUCUUUACGCAUGGGGAGAUCAGUAUGGAUGCUGAGAGCCACGUGGUGUGCUUCGAGCAUUACCCCAUCAAAGAAUGGGAGCACAAUGUCAAUUACUACCGCUUCUCUGCUGGCUUCCUUUUCCCCUUCUUUCUGCUGGCCUUCUCUUACUGUGGGAUUUUACGAGUUGUCCAUAAGAGUCAUGGCACUCAAAAGAAGAAGAAAAUCCAGAUUAAACGACUGGUUUCAAGCACUGUUUUAAUUUUUUUGGUUUGCUUUGGACCAUACCACAUCCUACUUGUGGUUCGCAGCUUGUUGGAGAACAACUGCCUAUUUGCUGAGAAAAUAUUUAAUAUUUACCAUGUUUCUCUCCUGUUGACUACUUUUAAUUGUGUUGCUGAUCCAGUAUUGUACUGUUUUUCCAGUGAAAGCACUUCCCAGAACUUUGCCAAGAUGCGAGACUCUUGUUUAACAUGUUUAGGGUGUCUGAGGACUGAGACGAAGGAAUCCUAUCUGCUGAAUGCUCCAGAAACUCCCAGCAGGCCACAGCAACCAGGGUUAUUACAAAUAUCACAUGAUGAUACUGGACUGAAGGACUCCUCCACAACUAACAUGGGCAGCCUGUAG